GACUGGGUUGACACAGGUCCGACUAAUCAACCUCAUAAUCAGUGUCGUAGCACCGAUUGACCACAAACUAGACAACUAGGCUUUGUCAACUUCGGUUACCCGCUGGUAAACUGGAUUACUUCUGGGGAGGUUGAACUCCGUUCGUAGUAUAGGCCACUGGGGCAGGGACGUCAGACCGAAGACUUUUCUGUGCCAUAAUCCAAAAUCUCAUCAUUAGUUUUGUUUCAACAUUACAGAACAUGGAGUCCCGAGACGCGAGUGCAGGCGCUUUAGUGGGCAGCGAUGGAGAUCAAAAAUCAGCAAAAAGUCUUCCAGCCCCCAAAAAAACAGACAAAGCCGCACCCCAAAGUAAGAUGGAGAAGAUCUUCGGUUUCAAAAAGGAGGACCUGACCUCCUGGUCCAGCCUGGUGGCCCUCCUGAACCGGCCCAUGGACCCUGCAUCCCUGGGCAUAUUCCGCUGCUUGUUUGGUCUGCUCAUGGCUGUGGACAUCACACAAGAGCGUGGCCUUAGUCGUGUGGACUACAAAUACCUGGACGGUGCCCCCGUGUGCCGCUUCCCACUCUUCAACUUCCUAAAGCCUCUUCCAAUGGACUGGAUGUACCUGGUUUAUCUGGUGAUGUUCCUCGGUGCGUUGGGUAUCAUGCUGGGCUGCUUGUACCGUCUUUCCUGCCUACUGUUCAUCUCCACAUACUGGUACAUCUUCUUCCUGGACAAAAUGGUAUGGAAUAAUCACUCCUACCUCUACGGCCUCAUAGGAUUCCAACUCACACUUAUGGACGGCAACAGAUACUGGUCACUCGAUGGCAUGAGGCGACCUUCCAUCAGAAACGCUCACGUGCCGCUUUGGAACUACACCUUGUUGAGGACGCAGAUAUUUAUAGUGUACUUCAUCGCUGGUGUCAAGAAGCUGGAUGCCGAUUGGAUGGGGGGAUACUCCAAGUCCUACCUAGCGGACCACUGGCUUUUUGAUCCCUUCAAGGUGAUUCUUCCUGUGGACCUGGUAAGCUUGCUGGUGGUGCACGGUGGUGGCCUCAUGCUGGAUUUGAGUGCUGGUUACCUGCUGUUUUUCGAUGCCACGCGGCCUUACGCGAUGGUCUUUGUCAGCUACUUCCACUGCAUGAACUCUCAGCUCUUCAGCAUUGGCAUGUUCCCUUAUGCAAUGCUGGCGACCAGUCCACUCUUUUGCUAUGCCGACUGGCCCAGGAGGUUCUUUGGUCGCUUCCCUGGCUUUCUCAAGGGCGCCCUGCCGCUUACGUCGGAAGAACCUCAGCCUAGUUCUUCUUGCGUUUACCCCGAUCCCCCCAGCAGCAGACGGCAGCGGUCAUCUACCACCUCCAGCUCUCCUAAAUUCCGAUUUAAACACAAACUGGCUGCCGUUUUUACUUUGGUCUACAUCCUGGAGCAGUUCUUUCUGCCUUACUCUCACUUCAUCACUCAGGGUUACAACAACUGGACUAACGGCUUGUAUGGAUACUCUUGGGACAUGAUGGUUAAUUCCCGCAGACACCAGCACGUGAAGAUCACGUACAAGGAUGGAAAAACGGGAGAAGUCGGAUACCUCAACCCGGGGGCGUUCACGCAAAGCCGGCGCUGGAAGGACCACGGUGACAUGCUAAAGCAGUACGCCACAUGCCUUAGCGGCCUCUUGCCUCGCUACAACAUCUCUGAGCCCCAAAUCUACUUUGAUAUCUGGGUGUCCAUCAAUGAACGCUUUCAGCAGAGGACUUUCGACCCACGCGUGGACAUCGUCAAGGCAGACUGGUCGCCGUUCCGACCCAACAUGUGGCUAAUGCCCCUCCUAGUGGACCUCUCGCCGUGGAGAAAUAAGUUCCAAGAGAUUGAAAGCACUUUGGACAACCAGACCAAAAUAGUCUUCAUUGCCGACUUCCCAGGUCUCCACUUAGAUAACUUUGUGAGUGAAGAUCUGGGCAAUACCAGCAUUCACUUGUUGCAGGGUAGACUCAAUGUUGAAGUAGUGGAGGAGAAGAAGAACUACUCUCUGGAGGCUGGGGAGAAGAUACAGGUUCCUGCCGGAGCUUACCACAGGGUGUACACGGUAUCUGAGGGGCCAUCGUGCUACAUGUACGUUUACGUCAACACCACAGAGUCGGCGCUGCAGCAGAGCUUCAGCAAGCUGCUGGACCUCCAGGAGAGCAUUCGCAAUGGGACAGCAAAGGAGCCUCUUCCACCCGAGCUGCAGCCUCUCAUGUCGAACGACGACAACACCGAGAUUGAUAGCGACCCUGAUGAUAACAUCACAGACCCAGUCUUGAGGCUCUUCCUUAAGAGACAGCGUCACAUCAAAGAGGUGAAGAAACGCAGGGAGGCCGGCGUGCUGGAGCGACUCGAGCGGUUCACCGUCAAGAAGUAUCACGCUAUACGACGAGGAUUCUUGAUGACUGCCAUCGCCAUGCGAAACCUGGUGGUGGGAUUGCCACCGAUAGAGCAGCUGACGCAGGAAGUGGCGUUUGCUGACAUGAAAGAACCCAAGGGUGAAAGUAACCAGUACAACCCGUCGAAAGAUGAAGUUGGUCAUGGAGAACUCUGAAGAUGUUACUGCUGAAUCAGAAGGACCUGGAAUGUGUGCUCAAUGGUACUACUGAACUGUUCGGGCAUGAAAAAUGGGUCAGGGGUUAAAAAGGUGAGAAGAUUGUGGAGGAAAUGUGUUCCGGUACACUGUACAACCCAACAAAAUAUUGAGCUCUGUCGACCCACACUGUGUUUCAGCAGGGCCGUGCAGAGACCGGUGGAGGGGCGGGUACUCGUAGAUCAAAAGGGGCAAUAAUACACCUUACAACAACAUAACUUACAUUUUAACCAGCUUUAGAUUAUAAUUGGUUGUGACCAGUGUUGUUAAUAACGGCGUUACAAUAUAACGGCGUUACUAACGGUGUUAUUUUUUUCAGUAGUGGGUAAUCUAAUUAAUUACUUUUCUCAUCUUGGCAACGCCGUUACCGUUACUGAGGACGGAAAGGCAUGCGUUACUAUAUUGGUCGAAAAGUCUGAGGGAGACGGAGUCACCGAGACGACAGAGCAGAGCAGGCAAGAAAGUUGUGACGCCGAGCAAACGCGAUGCUAGGUAGCUCCAAUAAUACAUCUUGUAGCCGAUAGCUAGUACAAACUACGCCUGCAUGUUAUGGUAGAUAUGGUAGACAUGGUAGAUAUCACAUGUACUGUACAUAGAUAUAAGUAGAUGCAAAAUGACAGACAUGGCACUAAAUGAGUUAGUAGACAGCCCCCAUCUUAAAGCAGUAGACUUUUUAGGACGGCUCUGUUGUAGAGAACCUAAGUAACUUUUUAUCUAAAAUACUUCUAAAUCGGCAAAAUCUUGACUUGAAUCUAUCUUUAAAUGAUGAAACAGGUUUAAAACUUUCAUAUGUCGAAAGUAGAGAAAAGGAAACUAAUGCAAUAAUGGGAGCAAUUUUAACAACUUUUAACAGUUGAUUCAGGGUAAAGGGUAAAUUAGGGUAAAGAAUUGGGCUCGGGCCAAUUGUACCAAAAACCUUCCCAAAAAACUUCACAUAGUGUGGCCAAUGUUUUUUUUUUUUUUUGAGGGGGGAAAAAAAAAAAAAAGUAAUUAUCACCAAUUACUUUGCCAAGUAACUAAUUACUCUUACAUUCAGGUAAUUGAGUUACUAACGCAAUUACUUUUUGGGAGAAGUAAUUUGUAACUAUAAUUAAUUACUUUUUUUCAGUAAGAUUAACAACACUGGUUGUGACUAGGCAUGUGCCGGUAUGAAAUUUUGACGGUACGAUAACCGUGAGCAAAAAUACCGCGGUUUCACGGUAUCACGGAAUUGCAAUUAUAGCUCAAAAAUUUUUUGAGAUGUAUGGGUUAGAAAAAAUAAAUUUUUUUCCAUUGAACAGGAUUUUUUUUUUUUCAGACCAUAGUUGCAAAUUGGAACAUGAAUACAUUGUUAAAAUAAAUAAUCAAUAAAAAAAAUAUUUUAAAUAAAAUUAAACUAAAUAUAACUUAUAGACUAUACAGCUCAAGUUGCUCAAGAUUAGAACAAGAACAAAAUAAUUUCUAUAAAAAAGUAAAAACACUUCUGAAUAAAAAAAUUUAAAAAUUUAUACUGCAUGACUUUUUUUUUUGAGGGUGGAAAAGCUUAAGUGAAGUUUCGCCAUUUUCAGCCACUGUGUCAACUCUAGUCUACAUGAUGUCAUGCCUUUGUGUUAAAAAGAACAAUGAAUUCAUAAGUUAGUUAAAAAUGUAUGAGUUAGUUAAAAUGUCAAUAUUGUUGUGGAAAGGUUUCAUCUAAAAAAUACAAAAAAAACAAAACAAAAAAACAUUGGGAGUGAGACCUCACCUUGAUCCAGCGAACGUGGAUUUGUGCUUAGGGCAAGAUCAUCUUUCGCAAUUAGCGAUCUUUGACGCUAUCACUUUUUCCCUUUCAUUCAAGCGAAUCAAGCUUGUUUCCUCACUCUGCGGCUGUCACACUCAAUGAAGUUGUUCUCCCAGCUAAGCCUAGGCAAACAUUCAUCUUUGUAAGCUUUUAGUUUGUAUAUUGAAUUUGAAAGGAUAAUGUGUGUUUUGUUUUUGACGAACUUUUUCCAUGGUGCUAAUCUGUUGAAGCUACUCACAUGGAAAAAUCUAAUUGUACAACAUUUUAAAUGUAUUCAUUUUGUAUAUUACACUUACCACGAUUUGAGAGCUCAAUAAAUUGAAGAACAGUACGCCUUAUGUUUGGAGUAUUUGUUUUUGGGUUAGCUGGUUGGCUUGCCGAUAGCGUCACUUUCACACACAGCAACAAACGGGAGGGGGUGAGCGCUGCUGCGCCAAGCUGCUUCUGGCUGCAUUUUUGACACAAGAAAAAUAGCGAAUACCGUACUACGGUCUGACGGAGAAUUUUAGUGGUUUUGAAACCGCAACGUUUUCACACCACGGUAAACCGUGAAACCGGUAACCGGCACAUGCCUAGAUGUGACCAGUGUUGUCAGUGUAAUCUGAUUACUUUUUUCAGUAACGAGUAAUCUAACGCAUUCAUUUUUCUACACCAGUAAUCUGAUUAAAGUUAGUUUCCUUAGUGUCUCUGUGUUACUAUUUUUUUCAUUGACUCAUAACGUAUGUAGAAUGAAGAAUACUGUCGUCAUGUACGAAGAGCAUUUUGAAUAGAAAAUGCUAAAAUAAAAGGUUCCCGGUAUGUGUUUCCAUGACCACCUCUUAGCUAUUUCCUGUUUUGGUCUCACGUCAUGUGUUGUGGGAGUGAAGCGGGUGGGCAUUUAUGCCGAGUGUUGAGUUGUUGCGAGGGAAUGUUGAUCUGUGGAUAUCCAUGAAUGAAGGUGAGUAUUUUUCCUUCAUUCUGGAGAGUAUCAGCAAAAGGUUGGACCCCCUACAUGCGCGGCCGUCAUCGCUCCAAGUUGGCAAGCUUUGUUUACAUCAUAUGCGUGUUCAACAUUUAUGCCAUGAUUUAUGUGUUCGUUUAGCAUCUGUGGGAUGUGUUGUAAGUCCGAUUGAGUGUAAAGUGCUUAGUUGGCGCCACGUUUUGUGGCCAAAUUGACCGCGUGUGUGUUGAGAGGAGUACUUCCGGGUUGUUAAUGUGCACGGCUGCACGCGCAUCCGCGCCCGCCACCACCUUUGUGUUUAUUUCACUGUACAAUCCACUUGUGUGUUGUUGAUUAUUGUGCCGUCAGUUUGCAUUGUUUUACAUUGGCACUGAUAUAGAGAUGUCCCGAUCCGAUAUUUGGAUCGGAUCGGACGCCGAUAUGGGCAAAAAAAUGCGCAUCGGUAUCGGAUCGGAACACGGAAAAAUUCCGAUCCAGACUUCCGAUCCAGUUUUUUUUUUCGAUCCGGUCCGGGUUUUCCAGCGCACCGAUUUACAUAAUCCAUUCCAGUUUUUUGCUACGGUUUCCCUAAAAUCCGGUCCACAUUUUACGGCACACCUUCAACACACUACAUUUACACUACCGUCUCCCAAUUUACAGAGAGACUUCAUCGGUAAAAAUGUCAGCUGUGUGGGAUCAUUUCACCUUAAAGGACGACAAAGAAGAAGAGGCAGCGUGCAAGAUAUGCCACAAUAGAGUCAAGCGUAGUGGUAAAGCUGUAAGACGUUUUAAUACAACACACCUAAUCAAGCAUUUAGUGACAUACCACCACAAACAAUAUGAGGAGUAUGUUAAGAAAACCGAAGACAAAAAGAAAGGUCCUACGCAACUAACAUUGGCAGAAACUUUUGCUAUGCGUGACGAACUGGCACUCGACAGUCCCAAAGCACAGGGAAUAACAAGAGUCAUUGCCGAAGAAUUCAUUCUGGAUGACAAGCCAUUAUCUCACGUGAGUAAAGACGUGCGUUAGCAACAUUGAAGUAUUGAAAACCAGAUGCGUUAGUAAACAGCCGCCAUCUUAAAGCAGGAGACUUCCCUAGUAGGCUGUUGUGAACCUUCCAAGCGAACCUAAUUAACUUUUUAUCUAAAAUACUCCUUAAUCGGCAAAAUCUUGACUUGAAUCUAUCUUCAAAACAGUUUUAAAACUUUCAAUGUCGAAAGUAGACAGAAGGGAAAUUAUGGAAUAACGGGAGCAAUUUUAACAACUUUAACAGUUGAUUUGCAAAAUUAAAUGAAUUGAAUGUAGUUUAAAGCUGCUGAUACAGAAUGGGGACUUGAGUAUUUUAUUUACUGUUUUAAAAUGAUAAUUUGAUACUGAAAUAGUCGUUUAUUUAAACCUGAGAGGCUUUUUAUACAAUUUUUGUAACUAAUGCACGAAACAUUAAAAGCAUCUAAUAGCUUGGGGGAUUUGUGGGAUUUUCCACUGAGGUUGUUGGUGUGUUUUGCUUUUUUAAGACUGUUUACAAUAUUAUUUGCACG